UUUUCCAACAAUCAAGAUCUUUCACACACACCACCACACGGCUACGUACGAUUGAACAGCGGAUAGUAGUACCCACACGACCCGCCGAUCGCCGUCCACUACACUUGUCAACACCAUCGUAUGCGCCCGCGAUGCCCCUCGGUUUCGAGCGCCUCAACGAGCGCUCACAGCGCCCCAACGCAUUGAUCAACUUUAUUCGCACGCUCCCGGGUCCGUCCUCCUCUACUGCCGAACAGAUCCUCAACCGCGUCGCCGCAGUGUGCUACCCAUUCAUGAAAGCCAACACAAUUCUUGUGCAAGCGCUCGAAGAGUUUCCCUACAACAACGAGUUUGUGGGUCGCAACUUUAAUGCGGGCGAGGUCAUACAACUUGUACUGCGCGAUCGCAAUGGGCGGUGGCUACCACAGCGCAUGGUGGAGAUGGUCAUGGUGCAUGAGCUGGCGCAUUGCAAGCAGAUGAACCAUUCAAAAGCGUUUUGGAAGGUGAGAGAUGCAUAUGCAGUGGACCUCAGAGCACUGUGGGCACGAGGGUAUACGGGCGAAGGGUUGUGGGGCAGAGGAAGGGAUUUGGACACGGGCGCGUUGCAGUUGAGUGAGGGGGAUGUGGCCGACGUACCUGAGCACUUGUGUGGUGGUACCUAUGGGCGAAGAGCGAAAAAGAGACGUAGAGGAGGCAAGGAGAAGGAAAUACUUUCGUAUGCAGAGAGGAAACAGCGUCGGAUAUUGAAGAAGUUUGGCGUUGGUGGUCAGGCAUUGGGUGCAGACGACGACACAAAGAUCAAGCUGGAAGGCGGGGUUCCGAAGAAGGCGAAGCCUAGAGUUGCUGGGAGUGCUCGAGGAAGAGACCUCCGAGCUGCUGCUGCGUUGGCGAGGUUUGAUACUGUAAAAAAGGAGGAAGUUGUGGUCAAGAAGGAAGAAACAUCUUCAGACAGUGAGACGGAGGAUGAGUUUGAAGACGCCGAUUCUGCACACGCGGCGGUGGACGUGGAUGGGAAAAGAAUGAUUGACGACAAAGGACGCGCUCUUGUAAAGAUUUGCGAGGACGAGGACGAUGGAGACGGCGACGCGCAGAGGGAGCUAGCAGAACUUCAAGGGUUUGGGUCACGACGACAACCACCAGGACAGGCCCUAGUCAAUAAUACUACGAAGUCAGCAAAGCCUGUCCCUCUUGGCAAAAGCAAGACGACAAAAGCUCAGCAAGCAGUCUCGAAAUCCUCCCGAUGUAGCACCCGGAUCAAGCCAACAACGUGCAACAUCUGCUCCCUCGAGAAUGAACUUGGGUCGCUGACGUGUGCGGCCUGUUCGAAUGUUCUGGAUGCGCAACUGGUACCAGACCACUGGAGGUGCAAGAACUUGUCUUGUGCGGGCAGCCAGUAUGUUAAUGCUGGCGAUGCUGGACGGUGUGGCAUGUGUGGAGGAAUGCGGACAGCAUCGUGACCUGGGCUGGUCGUAUGGAGACAGUCGUUUGCGGGUGUUGAUGGACGGACAAGGCUUACGAUACACACUUGUAAUGAUGAUAACACGAUGC